GAGUUCUGUUCAUUUAUUUUAGGCAAUGUGACAGAACGAAACAGGUGAAUUAGAAAUUCCUUAGCAUUCAAUCAAACAAUAGAUACAAGAUUCAUUUUAGUGCCAAAUGAUUUUUUUUUAAAUAACAUAACACACUCUAAAUGUUAAUUACCAGAAGUAACUAGCCAAAUUAAUAAAAGAGAGGAGUGUUGGUGCUGCUUUUUUAUUUGUUAUUUUAUUUUGUAAGCUGUUAGGUUGAGUUGUAAUUUAGUGUUGUGUUUUGUAAAAUAAAGGAAGCGAAAAUAGUGCGAGCAGAAAGAAAUGUCAGCGGGGAAUUGUUCGAUAGUGCCAGUGCCACCACCGACUCAAGGGCUAAUAACAAAAUCAAAAGAAUGUCGUUACAAUCGUCCGAUUUACACAAAUUCAGGGAUUCAAAGUGAUUGUGGCUGGGCAUAUGAAGUGCCCGAAGUGCAGAGGGCCAGUUCAUUGGCUCAUGUGUGCAGUAAAUCGAAACCGAAAUAUUUUCGCAUUAAAACCAACAUCAAAGCAAUCAUUCAAAAUGGACCAACAUGUGGACUCACUGCGCUGAAUAUGCUGACGGGUGGCACAGCAUCAACAGAAGAUAUUUUUGUGCUGGCCAAACGGAAACGAUUCACAAACCAUGGCGAAAUGUUCUGUGCCAAAGAUCUAAAGGAACUCGCUGAAUCUGUCUUCGAUUCAAUCAAUUAUCCCGUUUCCAUUGAAUGCUUUUCCGGAGAACUCAACUGUGAUCGCAUCAAGACUGAACUCAAGAAUGGUGCCUGCCUAUUAGUUGCUUACGACUCGGAUUUUAAUCAUGCUCCCUGUUUAAAAAAUGGCCAUAAGGCGCAUUGGGCUGUUAUCAUUGGCUGUUUAAUCGACGAUCAAAAUCGUUUUUACGUGUUUGGACGCCAUGGGAAAACGAAAAAUCUCGCUGUAUGGUCGUUGGCUUCAUUAAGUGAUAGUAAUUCAAAUCUAAAUGAAUACACCGCCCCACAUCGAUACGAUGAAUUCUCCUUCCACAUGCCCGUCGACGGCAUAGCCGGUGAAAAUGGCCUUAAAAACCAAUGCAUCAUUGUCAAUGGCAUUCAAAAUGCCGACGAUUUUAUCUUCCCCAACGAAUCAAAAUAACGGAAAAAUUGUUUGUUUUUUUUUUACAUUUAUGUGACAUUUCAUCGAAGAACUUUUUUUUUAUACACAGCAACGAAAAAUCAGUAUUUUUUUUCUCUUCAAAUAUUUUGUUUUUAUUAUUUUCAUGUAAUUGUUUACAAUUGUGUAUAAUUUUGUGAAUAUUUUCUUUGUAAUUUUUAAAAUGCUCAAUACUCGAUAAAAUUACCAUGUUUUCUUUUUCUUCUUCAUUUAAAAUAGAGCGGUGUUCAGUUGAGCGUAAUUUUACUUGGAUCAUAUGAAUUUCCUUUUCUUUUCUUUUCUUCUUUUUUUUGGCAUACAAUGUAUGUUGGGCCCAAGUAAAAUAUCGCUGUUAUUUUGUUUUGUCUCUCUUUUUAUUUUUCAUCACAAUAAUCAACAAAUUAUAUCUAUCCAUUCGCGAAUGUUCAUUCUAAAUGCAAUUUUUCUUUCAUUUCGCUCGUUUGAUUUUGAAAAAAUUACAAAUCAAAAUCAUUUUCAAAUAAAAAGAAUCGUUGAUUUGAAGAAAAGAAAACAAAAA